AUGUCCAGACGACGGUUAAAUACCAUUUUAAAGUUAGCUGCAAAUACAAGUGAAGAAAAUGUCAAUGCAAUGCCUACACUGGUUACCAGCCCUCAAAAUAAAGAUGUUCCUGUUGACUUACCUAUAUUGACCUAUGAAGAUAUCAUGAAUUCUGAAAUUAUAUUUGAAUAUACUGAAAAUAAUAUUAAAGAUUUUCCAGAUUUUGAAACUGUAUCUACUUCUCAGGUAACUAAUAUAGCUUCAACUAGCCAACAAUCUUGUUAUGAAAAUUCAAUAGUUGUAAGUGCUGAUAGUUCUGUAAACAAUGUUGAAGAAAAUGAUAUAAACUUGUUUACUGAUUGUUUCAUUAAUGAUACACUAGUGACAAUGGAUGAUGAUAUAGAAAAUGAGAUUUUAGUAAAUUCAAAUGGUGAAUCAAAUCUAGUGAACUGUGAUAAAAAAACUAAAACCCGUAGUGUGCGUUCAGAAAAGAUUAAAUGGAAGAGAGAAACUACAAAGAAUAAUAGAAUGAAUGGAGAAAUAUAUACUGGGUAUAAAAGAAAUGGUAAGGUAGUUGAACAUAAUUCUAUAAAAGCUGCUGGAUCUAUGAAAAAAUCUUGUACAUCUAAAAGAUGUGAAAAAUUACCAAAUAGACAUUGCCAAGAGUUUGAGGAAAGUAGAAGGUUGGAGAUUUUUAAGAAGUUUUGGAGUGCAACCUGGGAAGAAAAAAAAAUGUUUGUGAUUUAUAUGGUAUCAAAAAUGUUAACUAAAGCAAAUACAACAGGACUCGGGAGUUUAAGCAGAAGGGCAAAUACUUACAAAUAUUUCUUGAAGCAUGAUCAUUUUGAAGAACCUUUACAAGUUUGUAAAUUGAUGUUUUUAAACACACUUGGCCUUAAUGAGUGGAUGUUACAUAACUGGGUAAGAAAUGCUACUCAUGGACUACCUGGAAAAUUAUUAAGUCCAAAAAGUUUGAAACUAAAAGAAAAUGUCGGUGAUAGUAAUUUAAUUACCAGUUCACCUAAGAGAGUUGGAUUAUCAAAAAGAAUCGAUCACCUUCAGUUAUGGUUUUCUAGCAUACCAAAAAUGCCUUCUCACUAUUGCAGGCAAAAAACAAAUAGAUUGUAUCUAGAAGGGCCAUUUUAUAAUAAGCAACAAGUUUUUGAAGCAUAUAAACAAAAAUGUAUUGAUAAUAAUCUGGUUCCAUUAAGUAUCUGCUAUGUUUAUAAUUUUAUGAGAGAAAAAAAAUUAUCUAUAUUUGUUCCACGUAAAGAUAAAUGUGACACAUGUUCUUCUUAUGAAAUGGGAAACAUUGAUGAGAAUGUAAUGGCUGAACAUGUAGCAUUUAAAAAUAGAGCAAGAGAAGAAAUGAAUUUAGAUAAGCAACUAGCAAUAAAUGAAAACAAAUUUUACAUGUUUACAAUGGACUGUCAAACUGUCAAAUUGUGUCCUACCUUAACAGCUAGUGCUCUAUAUUAUUCCACAAAACUGAAGGUACACAACAUGACCUUCUACAAUAUGUUUACAGGCCACUGCAAAAAUUAUUGGUGGCAUGAAGGGGAUGGUGACCUGGAAGCUUCAAUAUUUGUGUCUAUUCUUUUAUGUCAUUUAGAGAAUUAUUGUAUGAGUGACAAAAAACCUAUAAUAAUCUAUUCUGAUGGUUGCGGCUACCAAAAUAGAAAUAAGGUUAUGGCUAAUGCUCUUCUUCAUUUUUCUAUCAAACACCAAGUUUUUAUUGAACAAAAAUUCCUUAUUAAAGGUCAUACUCAAAUUACUUGUGACAGUGCACAUUGCUUGAUUGAAAAAAACCUUAAAGGUAAAGAUAUUUAUUUACCUUCUGAUUUUAUCAGAAUUACAAAAGAAGCUAGAAAAAACCCAUCUUCUUUUGAAGCAACUCUAUUAAGCUAUGACUUUUUUUCAAACUACAAAUCACAUCAGGUUUAUAAUUCCAUAAGACCUGGAAGAGCAAAAGAUGACCCCGAAGUUAAGGAUCUAAGAGCAAUUCAAUAUAAUCCUGAAAGUCAGCGCAUUUUUUAUAAAUUAAUGUUUGAUGAACCCUACACCGUAUUGCCUAUAGGAAGAAAAUGUGAUAAAAUUAAUCCAGAUGUGCAAUAUGACAAACUGUAUAAAAAACCCAUCCCCAUAAAUUUAUCAAAAUGUCAAGAUUUACAGAAACUGAAAAAAUUUUUACCUCAAGAUACUCAUCCGUUUUAUGACAAUUUGAGUCAUUCUGAUACAUACAAGUCAAGAAAUGGUAAUAUAUAA